GGCUCUUCCCUAAAACCCUAGGGAGGAAUGAGCGUUCUUCGUGGUGCUCGGCACUUGGCUCUCCGGACCGACGAGCAAUGGAGGAGCGCGCUUCUCACAGGUUGGUCCUUGGCAUUCCACACAUCCUCCCAGGUAAAUGCGGCAGAGGCAGCGGCGAAGAAGGCGGGAAAACCAGACAAAGCAUCGCCAGCGAGUGACAAGGCCAAAUCCGAGAAGCCAGAAGCAGCAGCAGCAGCGGCGGCGGCGGGCAAAUCCGAGAAGCCGGAAGCAGCUGCCGCCGCAGCCCAAGAGCGCGUUCCAUCCGAGAGAGUGAUGAAGCUCGUCAACGAGCUCGUGGAGCUCUCGGUGGUCGACUUCGCGGAUCUCACGGAGCAGCUCAAGAAGCGCCUCGGGCUUGAUCACGCCAACAUCUCGGUGCCGAUGAUGAUGCCCGCGGGGAUGGUGAUGCCGGCGGGGAUGAUGGCUCCUGGCGGAGCUGGAAGUGGCGGCGCCGCUGCCGAUGCGUCCGCCGCCGCCGCGGCACCCGAGAAGCCAGUGGAGAAGAUGGUGUUUGAUAUCAAGCUGGAGAAGUAUGAGGCCGCGGACAAGAUCAAGGUGAUCAAGGAGGUGAGAUCGGUGACGGAGCUGGGGCUCAAGGAGGCCAAGGAGCUCGUGGAGAAGCUCCCGGCGAUGGUGAAGAAGAGCGUCACGAAAGAGGAGGCCGAGAAGAUCAUUAACAAGUUGAAGGCUGUGGGAGGGACCGCCGUCAUGGAGUGAAACUGAUCGAAGGAAUUGGAAGAAGAAACGGAGCUACUCGCAACUAACAAGUGAUCUUGAGGUUGGUUCUUUCGAUUUCGUUUCUAGUCUGUUCUUUGCAUUCAUUUUUGUUUAGAUCCGUUUCAAGAUGCUUGGAUGAGAUGACCAAGUUUUUGGAUCAAAGUUUGUGGACGACAUGGUUGUGUUGUUUAAAUCCCCCAAGCUUCCAGUCAUUCUGUGUUGUAAACAAACAACCAGCGGAGCUUCAAAGCUCCUUGAAAAACUCGAAGUGAUGAGCAAACUAUGUAUAAGAACUUCGAUUGAACUUGACAAGAUCA